AUGGAAAAAAACGAUGUGAUUAACAAAAAUUAUAAUAUUAAGACGGAAAGUGCAAAUCAAGAUGAUUCUGAGAGUAGAACAACAAAUGUUACUAAUAAUAAGUGCAUUUUAUCUGUGGAUGAUGAUUAUAUAAAGAACACAUUGAUUAGCAAGUUACAGAAUCUGGCUAUUUAA